AUGAAAUUCACCACUACCAUACUGCCUUAUAUUGUGGGUGCGAUGCUGGCAAAUGCAAUGCCAGUUGAAAAGUCCGCCAGCGAGUUGAAGUCGACUGAUAGCGAUGAUAAAGUUGCCUAUACUUGGGCCCUUCCCGAAUCACGCAAAAGGGAGGACAGCGAUGACAAGGUCGCCUAUACUUGGGCUAUACCGGAGGACGAGUAA